AUGUAUACACCCAGAGAACAGACAGAAUAUCCAUCUUCUCAUAUUAAUGAUGAUCCAAUCUCAUGUAAAGAGGAAAACCUCACAGACAAUGAAAUGUAUACACCCAGAGAACAGAUAGAAUAUCCAUCUUCUCAUAUUAAUGAUGAUCCAAUCUCAUGUAAAGAGGAAAACCUCACAGACACUGACAUGUAUACACCCAGAGAACAGACAGAAUAUCCAUCUUCUCAUAUUAAUGAUGAUCCAAUCUCACGUGAAGAGGAAAACCUUACAGACACUGUCAUGUAUACACCCAGCGAACAGACAGAAUAUCCAUCAACUCAUAUUAAAGAAGAUCCAGUCUCAUGUGAAGAAGGGAAUCUCACAAACACUGCCAUUUAUACACUCAUAGAACAUAUACAUUAUCAACCCACACCUAUUAAGGAGGAGCCAACCUUAUGUGACGAAGGGAAUCUCACAGACACUGGCAUUAUUACACACGGAGAACAGACAGAAUAUCCAUCUCAGGAUGAGCUAGCUUUAUGUGAGGAAGGGAAUCUCACAGACACUGGCAUGUGUUCCCAUACAGAACAUAUAUGUUAUCCAUCCACACAUAUUAAGGAGGAACCAGCCUUAUGUGACGAAGGAAACGUCACAGUCACUGACAUUUAUACACCCACAGAACUUACACAGACAGAAUGUCCAUUUACUCCUAUUACAGAGGAUUCAGCCUUGUGUGAAGAAGGAAGUCUCGGUGAUCUGGACAUUCAAACCUCUCCUUGUGAUCCUGUGAGACAAUACAAAAUAGAUCCCAAUAACUUUGAUGGUUAUAAAAUUUCACCCACAAAUUUAAAUCAAAUAAAAUAUCAGAGAUUCCGUAAAGGGAAGAAAGUGACUUGUUCUGAAUGCAGGGAAACAUUCACCUGUAAAACAAACUUCAUGGGACAUCAGUGCUUUCAAUCAAAAUCACACAUUAUUGGAUUUUGCAAUACUCGCCAAGGAUCUAAAUCAUGUUCCCGUAUCGAACAUGAAAAACCGAUUCAGGCAAAAUCUCUUCCCAAGCGACAUAUCAUUCACAGUGGAGAAAAGAAAAAACUAAAACAUUCUUGUUCUGAAUGUGACAAAUGCUUUAAAACCAUUUCAGCUCUUAUACUUCAUUUAAUGAGCCACACAGGAGAAAAACCAUAUUCAUGUUCUGAAUGUGGGAAAUGUUUCAAUCAUAAAUCAAAGCUUAUUGCCCAUGAACAGAUUCAUAGUAAGGAUAAUCCUUUCUCCUGCUCUGAGUGUGGGAAAUGUUUCAGACAGAAAAAAUCUGUUAUUGCGCAUCAACUGAUUCAUAGUGGAGAGAAACCUUUCUCCUGCUCUGAGUGUGGGAAAUGUUUUAAUCUGAAAGGCAACUUAAAUAAACAUCUCAUGAUUCACACAGGAGAGAAACCAUUUUCAUGUUCUGAAUGUGGGAAAUGUUUCACUCAUAAAACCAAACGUGAUAGCCAUAUGAGGAUUCACACAAUAGGGAAACCAUUUUCAUGUUCUGAAUGUGGGAAAUGUUUCACUCAAGAAAGCAACUUUUAUACACAUCUCCGGAUUCACACAGGAGAAAAACCAUAUUCAUGUUCUGAAUGUGGGAAACGUUUCAAUCAUAAAUCAAAGCUUAUUGCCCAUGAACAGAUUCAUAGUAAGGAGAAUCCUUUCUCCUGCUCUGAGUGUGGGAAAUGUUUUAGACAGAAAAAAUCUGUUAUUGCGCAUCAAUGGAUUCAUAGUGGAGAGAAACCUUUCUCCUGCUCUGAGUGUGGGAAAUGUUUUAAUCUGAAAGGCAACUUAAAUAAACAUCUCAUGAUUCACACAGGAGAGAAACCAUUUUCAUGUUCUGAAUGUGGGAAAUGUUUCACUCAUAAAACCAAACGUGAUAGCCACAUGAAGAUUCACACAAUAGGGAAACCAUUUUCAUGUUCUGAAUGUGGGAAAUGUUUUUCUCGGAAAGGCUACCUUAAUUGUCAUAAAAGGGUGCACAAUACCAAUGAAUCUAAAACAGAAAAGAGUUAA